AUGCUCUCCUCAACUCUCUACGCAGGGUUGCUCUGCUCCCUUGCGGCACCCGCCUUCGGAAUUGCGCACGAGAAAUUAGCCGCUGUUCCCAAUGGCUGGACCUUGAUCAAGGAUGCACCGGAGACCGACACGAUUACUUUGUCGAUUGCCCUUGCUCGUCAGAAUCUCGACCAACUCGAAUCCAAGCUGACGACGCUAGCAACCCCUGGAAAUGCCGAGUAUGGCCAAUGGCUGGACAAGGCGGAUAUUGAAUCACUCUUUCCAACUGCCAGUGAUGAAGCCAUCAUUGAAUGGUUGAAAGCUGCCGGCAUCACCCAGGUGUCCCGCCAGGGCAGUCUGGUGAACUUUGCGUCCACUGUGGGAACCGUGAACAAGCUCUUCAACACCACUUUCUCUUACUAUCAGAAUGGUGCGUCGCAGAAGUUGCGUACGACGGAGUACUCCAUUCCCGACAGCCUGACCGAUGCGAUCGACUUGGUCGCUCCCACUGUCUUCUUCGGCAAGGACCAAGACAACGCGCUGCCUUCUUUUGCUUCAAAGCUCCCCACUCUCCCGAAGCGCGCAUCGAACAGCUCGUCUUGCGCGGACCUCAUCACCCCCGCGUGCCUGGCGGAGAUGUACAACCUCGGCGACUACAAGCCUGUUGUCUCGUCGGGAAGUCGGAUCGGCUUCGGCAGUUUCCUGAACGAGUCGGCCAACUAUGCCGACUUGGCAGCGUACGAGAAGCUGUUCAAAAUUCCUUCCCAGAACUUCUCUGUUGAGUUGAUCAACGGAGGAACUAACGAUCAGAAUUGGAACACAGCCCAACUUGGGGAAGCCGACUUGGAUGUGGAGUUGAUUGUGGCCGUCAGCCAUCCACUUCCUGUCGUCGAGUACAUUACUGGUGGUUCACCUCCAUAUGUUCCCAACGCUGACGGGCCAACUGCCGCGGACAACCAGAACGAGCCUUACUUGGAAUACUACGAGUAUUUGCUGUCAAAGCCCAACGCUGCGUUGCCCCAGGUGAUCUCCAACUCGUAUGGCGAUGAUGAACAGACUGUCCCCAAAUACUAUGCGAAGAGAGUGUGUAACAUGAUCGGCUUGAUGGGACUUCGGGGUAUCACCGUCCUCGAGUCUUCUGGUGAUACCGGUAUUGGUUCGGCAUGCAUGUCCAACGAUGGCACCAACACUCCUCAAUUUACUCCCACCUUCCCCGGCACCUGCCCCUUCAUCACUUCGGUCGGCGGUACUCAGGCCUACGCCCCCGAGGUUGCCUGGGAUGGAAGCUCUGGUGGCUUCAGCAACUACUUUAAACGGCCCAGGUAUCAAGAGGCCGCCGUGAAAAGCUACCUGAAACAUCACAUCUCCAAGGACACCAAGGAGUAUUAUUCUCAGUAUACAAACUUCCACGGUCGGGGCUUCCCUGAUGUGUCUGCUCACAGUCUGACUCCCGAUUAUGAGGUUAUCAACUAUGGUGCACGCUCGAGAUCCGGCGGUACCUCUGCGGCCUGCCCCGUCUUUGCCGGUAUUGUGGGCAUGUUGAACGAUGCCCGUCUGCGCGCCGGCAAGCCUACUCUCGGAUUCCUCAACCCCUUGCUGUACAGCGAAGGAUUCAAGACCUUCACUGAUAUCACUGCUGGAGCUUCCGUUGGCUGUGACGGUACCAACCCGCAGUCAGGAAAGCCUGUGCCGGGAGGCGGUAUCAUCCCCUAUGCCCACUGGAACGCUACUGCUGGGUGGGAUCCUGUUACCGGCCUCGGAGUGCCCAACUUUCUUAAGCUGAAGGAGCUGGUGCUGUCUUUUUGA